AUGGGAGGUCGGUUCGUGCUGACGCUCGCCCUCCUCUCGGUGCUGCUGAGCCGCUGCCAGGUCGGCUGCUCCGGGGUCUUCGAGCUGAAGCUGCAGGAGUUUGUCAAUAAGAAGGGGCUGCUCAGCAACCGCAACUGCUGCCGCGGGGGGGGCCCCGGUGGCGGCGGGCUGCAGCAGUGCGACUGCAAGACCUUCUUCCGCGUCUGCCUCAAGCACUACCAGGCCAGCGUCUCCCCCGAGCCCCCCUGCACCUACGGCAGCGCCAUCACCCCCGUCCUCGGUGCCAACUCCUUCAGCGUCCCCGACGGGGCGGGCGGCGCCGACCCCGCCUUCAGCAACCCCAUCCGCUUCCCCUUCGGCUUCACCUGGCCCGGCACCUUCUCGCUCAUCAUUGAAGCUCUGCAUACGGACUCUCCUGACGACCUCACCACAGAAAACCCCGAGCGCCUCAUCAGCCGCCUGGCCACCCAGAGGCACUUGGCAGUGGGUGAAGAGUGGUCCCAGGACCUGCACAGCAGCGGCCGCACCGACCUCAAGUACUCCUAUCGCUUUGUGUGCGAUGAGCACUACUACGGAGAAGGCUGCUCCGUCUUCUGCCGCCCCCGGGAUGAUGCCUUUGGUCACUUCACUUGCGGAGAGCGUGGCGAGAAAGUCUGCAACCCGGGCUGGAAAGGCCAGUACUGCACUGAGCCGAUUUGUUUGCCUGGAUGCGACGAGCAACAUGGCUUUUGCGACAAACCUGGGGAAUGCAAAUGCAGAGUGGGUUGGCAGGGACGAUAUUGUGAUGAGUGCAUCCGAUACCCGGGCUGCCUUCAUGGUACCUGUCAGCAGCCAUGGCAGUGCAACUGUCAGGAAGGCUGGGGUGGCCUUUUCUGCAACCAGGACCUGAACUACUGCACCCACCACAAGCCCUGCAAGAAUGGUGCCACAUGCACCAACACUGGUCAGGGGAGCUACACUUGUUCUUGCCGACCUGGGUACACAGGCUCCAACUGCGAGAUUGAAAUCAAUGAAUGUGACGCCAACCCUUGCAAGAAUGGUGGAAGCUGCACUGAUCUUGAGAACAGUUAUUCCUGUACCUGCCCCCCGGGCUUCUACGGUAAAAACUGUGAGCUGAGCGCAAUGACUUGUGCUGAUGGACCAUGCUUCAAUGGUGGGCGAUGCACCGACAACCCUGAUGGGGGAUACAGCUGCCGCUGCCCACUGGGUUAUUCUGGGUUCAACUGUGAAAAGAAAAUCGAUUACUGCAGUUCCAGCCCUUGUGCUAAUGGAGCCCAGUGCGUCGAUCUGGGGAACUCCUACAUAUGCCAGUGCCAGGCUGGCUUCACCGGGAGACACUGUGAUGAUAAUGUGGACGACUGCGCCUCCUUUCCCUGCGUCAACGGAGGGACCUGCCAGGAUGGCGUCAAUGACUAUUCCUGCACCUGCCCCCCGGGAUACAACGGGAAGAACUGCAGCACUCCGGUGAGCAGAUGCGAACACAACCCCUGCCACAACGGGGCCACCUGCCACGAAAGAAACAACCGCUACGUCUGUGAGUGCGCCCGGGGUUACGGCGGGCUCAACUGCCAAUUUUUGCUCCCCGAGCCGCCUCAGGGACCGGUCAUCGUCGACUUCACCGAGAAGUACACGGAAGGCCAGAACGCCCAGUUCCCCUGGAUCGCCAUCUGCGCCGGGAUUAUUCUGGUCCUCAUGCUGCUGCUGGGGUGUGCUGCUGUGGUCGUCUGCGUCAGGCUCAGAGUGCAGAAGAGGCACCACCAGCCUGACGCCUGCAGGAGCGAGACUGAGACCAUGAACAACCUGGCAAACUGCCAGCGCGAGAAGGACAUUUCCAUAAGUGUCAUUGGUGCCACUCAGAUUAAAAACACAAAUAAGAAAGUAGACUUUCACAGCGAUAACUCUGAUAAAAAUGGCUACAAAGUCAGAUACCCAUCAGUGGAUUACAAUUUGGUGCAUGAACUCAAGAACGAGGACUCUGUUAAAGAGGAGCACAGCAAAUGUGAAGCCAAGUGUGAAACAUAUGAUUCAGAGGCAGAGGAGAAAUCAACAGCCGUCUGACCGGUGUUGUCUCUUUUUGUCUUCAAUAGUGAUACUUCUGAAAGAAAACGACCAGAUUCAGUAUAUUCCACUUCAAAGGACACAAAGUACCAGUCGGUGUAUGUCAUAUCAGAAGAGAAAGAUGAGUGCAUCAUAGCAACUGAGGUGUAAACCAGAAGAGAUAUGGCAAGGUGGUUGUUCAGAACAAUUUCAGAGGAGACGCGCCCCGAUGAAUGCUGCUGAGAGAGGAAUGGGAGAUAGAUUCCUUCACUGACUGCUGCUGAGAAACUAAAUUCAGGCUUGAGCUGGUUCUCUACUGAAGUUAGCAAAGUGACUGCAAAAUAAAGAAACAAGAUGGACAUCAGGCAAGGGUCUGUGUUCAAGGAUUACUGUUGCACUGCCUUUUAUGAAUUUUAUCAUUGCACUAUGGUCAGUUGCUUUUCUAUAUAUAUUUAAAUGAAUGGACUUAAUUACUACAUAAGAAGCAUGCACUGCCUGAAGUGUAUAUUUUGGAUUCUUAUGAGCCAGUCUUUUCUUGAAUUAGAGACACAAACACUGCCUUUAUUGUCUUUUUUGAUACUAAAAUGUGUUUUUACUAGGUGAGAAAAAGUGUGUUAUUUUUUUGAAUCUGUAAAAAUAUUUUCAUGAUAAUUGUAAAGCUUGAGUAUUUUGUGAUGUUCAUUUUUUUAUAAUUUAAAUUUUUUGGUAAAUAUGUACAAAGGCACUUCGGGUCUAUGUGACUAUAUUUUUUUGUAUAUAAAUGUAUUUAUGGAAUAUUGUGCAAAUGUUAUUUGAGUUUUUUUUACCGUUUUGUUAAUGAAGAAAUUCAUUUUUAAAAUAUUUU